CCAUUUAAACCAGCAGUCAGCCGGUUUGCUCUCGUUCGACCACCAAGGCAGUGUGAAGGAUUUCCACAGUCAGGGAGGUUCCCCAUCAAACAUUUGUGACGCUUCAUGACUGUUUGUGUCUCAGUGAAGCCCAAGAAACAUCUCUUUUUCUGAGGUCUUUAGCUCUCACUUUUCCAUAUUGGUGAUAAUGGAAUGCACUGUAACUCCUGUGAAGGAAGAACGCCACCAAGCUUUUUAUAUCGAUCGGAUUCUUGGCUUGGAGCAGGAAAACCUUGGGAAGUGCCUCAAACUUCACCGCCCUUGGACAGAAUUUGGAGCAGAGAGGAAGAACACAGAAAAAAGUCCCUGCUGUAAACGACCCGUUUCUGAUCUAGAACCACAGCGUCACCGUCAGCCCCAGAGCUCCCCUCGGCCCACAUUAAACUGGUAUACUGGACGAAGACCCCGGACGGCCUUCAGCAACAGUCAGGUGAAUGCUCUGGAGACGGUGUUCCAGGUGAACUGUUAUCCAGGUAUCCAACUGAGGGAGCUGCUGGCAGGAAAACUGGAUCUGGACGAAGACCGAAUACAGAUCUGGUUCCAGAACCGGCGAGCAAAGCUGAGGCGUUCGCUCCGAGAGACUCGACUGCAGCUUGUUCAGACGGCUGUGUCAGAGCUGAAGAUGAGACCCGCAGCAGCAGACCACCUAAAGUCUGAGGAAGAGGAGCCGUCCCAUCACCUCCCUCCUCCUCAGUUUGAUGCUGAGGAUGACAAGAAGUGAAACAAACAAAAUUAUUUCUAUCUGCACACUUUCUUUCCCAUCUGUGUCUCUUUUAUUCUCUGUUUGCUUUGAGAUGUUGCCUGAAAAACACUCAAACCACUGUGGGAACAAUUUAAAGUGGCAAAGUGUGAACAAGUGUUUCAUUGUUUUAUUUUUUGUCCACCGUUAGAAUUUAAAAGAAAUGUGAACUUGUCUUAUUUAGAAGCAUAACCCAGCAGGAAUGAUUUGUUCUGAUGAAAUAAUGAUAGAGGACCAUUUUCUAAAAGACGGGCUUCUGAAUCAGCUUGAGUUAUUCUUUCUCACUUUAAGUGACAGCUCAAAAUCUCCAAAACUCUGAAUAACAGAAGUGAUUAACGAUAAGAAUACCUCUGAGUGAUGUUUUUCUUGUGCAGUGAUUUUCAUCUUCGCCGUACAAUGCCUUAAGAAACACCUCUGUUAAAACCACAG